AAGUGCCCCUGCGCAGCCCGAAUCGCAGCAAUGAAACCUCCGUAGCUCUCCCAGCUGUUCGCGUCUCAUCCUGACUUUCCGGGAGCUCUGACACGCGCGGGCGGCUCCUUCUGCGACUAAGCAAGCUCGUAGGUGCAGGAGAGCACGCAGUGUGUGUGUGUGUGCAUGUGUGUGGCUCCUUGUCUUAAUAUAUAUACUCUCGUGCGAAGCAUCGCACUCCUGCACUACUCACUUUGGUCCCGGUGCACUCCCGUGGAGGACUUUUUUUUCUAUUACAAGGCAGAGCUUUUAGCUUCGGCACUACAUCGGGACGGCGCGAGCGACCCGUCACGGCGGCACGCGCACACAAAUGCAUGCGUGCGCGGAGAACGGAGGCGCGAGCUGAGCAGUGAUGGCGCGCUCGUGGAGCGCACACUGUCUGUGCUGGAGCCUCGUGGCAGCCUCGUUCAGCGUGUUUCUGUCGCCCGUGGAGGCCAGAGGAAAUCGAGCCGGGCUUUCGGCUUCAUCCGGAACCCUGCCUCGCUUCCUUCAGGAGCCUGAUGACGCUUACAUCGUCAAAAGCAAUCCAAUUAAGCUUCGCUGCCGAGCUAGACCUGCGCUGCAGAUCUUCUUCAAGUGCAAUGGGGAGUGGGUUCAUCAAAACCAACACACAUCCCUGGAACAUGUCGAACUGGGAACAGGUCUGAAGAUUCGUGAAGUGAUGAUAAAUGUCUCUCGGCAGCAGGUGGAAGAUUUUCAUGGUCCAGAGGAUUACUGGUGUUUGUGUGUAGCCUGGAGUCACCUGGGCACAUCCAAGAGUCGCAAAGCUACAGUCCGCAUCGCAUACCUAAGAAAGAACUUUGAGCAGGAGCCACAGGGGACAGAGGUGCCAAUCAAAGGCAUGAUCGUCCUUCACUGUCGUCCCCCAGAGGGAGUUCCUCAAGCUGAGGUGGAAUGGCUGAAGAACGAUGAACCAGUCAGCACACUCGUUGACGUUCAUUUUGACACGCGGACAAAUCACAACCUGAUUAUUAACGAAGCACGACUCUCCGACUCAGGAAAUUACACUUGUGUAGCCAGCAACAUCGUGGCUAGAAGACGUAGCGCCUCAGCUACUGUUAUUGUUUAUGUGAAUGGAGGGUGGUCAUUAUGGUCUGACUGGUCAGAUUGUAGUGUGCCGUGUGGGCGGGGUUUUAUAAAACGAACACGCACGUGCACCAAUCCGGCUCCACUAAACGGAGGAGCAUUCUGUGAAGGUGUUUCAGUACAGAAGAGCAGCUGCUCCUCACCCUGUCCAGUGGAUGGUGGCUGGUCCGUGUGGUCUCUCUGGUCUGUGUGCAGUUCAGAAUGUGAACGUUGGCGAGGUAGAGAGUGUGUAAACCCAGAGCCCAAACAUGGAGGAAAGGUGUGUGACGGAAGUGCGCUGGACACAGAGAACUGCACUGGAGAUCUGUGUACUCAAGAUCAAAAUCUCCUGCAUGAUUUAAAGGUUCCUCAAGCGGAGGCAGAGGUCAGCAGUGAUGUGGCUUUAUACUCAGGCCUGGGAGGAGGUGCAGUCGCCGUGGUGAUGCUGAUCGUCAUUGUCACACUGUAUAGGCGGAGCCACAGUGAGUGCGGCGUUGAUGCUAUAGACGCUUCUGUGCUCACUGGAGGAUUCCAGUCCUUCAGCUUUAAGGGCAACACCCAGGGUAACCCUCUACUGAUGAAUCCAGGUCGCUCCGUGUCGUAUUCAAGCCCCAUGUGUUUUCCUGACUCGGUGGAUAAAGAGCUCAUUUUCCACCCACUACCUGAUGUCAAGGUCAAAGUUCACAGCUCCUUCAUGAUGUCGCUGGGUGUGACAGAGGGAACAGCUCCUCGCUCCAAAGCUCCACACUUUACAUUUCCUCAUGAUGGUAUGAUUGAGGGGAGAAGCAGAAAGGCAGAGUUUCUGAUGGCUUCACCCACUAACAUACUCAAGACCAGUGGGCACUUUGGGCACAAUGGAGGUCGUCUUGUGCUGCCACACACAGGUGUGAGUUUGCUGAUUCCUCAUGGGGCAAUUCCAGAAGACACAAGCUGGGAAAUGUACAUGAGCAUCAAUCAGGAAAUCACCUGUGUUCUCUCUGAUGAUGAGGUUCUUUUGGGUCCAGAAGUCUCAUUUGGUCCACUAGGUGUCAUCUUGUCGUGUCCUGUCGCCAUGACAAUAUCGCACUGUGCAGACGUCUCAGAGGACUGGAGUGUAAGACUGAAGAGAAAAACACAUGGAGACAACUGGGAGGAUGUGAUGUGGAUGAAAGAGGAGAGCUCUUCAUGUUACUGCGUGCUGGAGUCACGACGCUGCUUUGUGCUUGUGGAUCAGCCUGGCCUUUAUGCUCUGGUUGGAAUUCCCAUCAGUGAAUCUGCAGUGAAAAGACUUUGUAUUGCGGUGUUCGGAAGCUCAGAGGGCGACAUUUACACACUCCGUGUUUAUUGCAUGGACGACACGCCACAUGCCUUCCAGGAGGUGUUGUGGUUGGAGCGUGCUCAGUGCAGUCAUCUCCUGGGAGAGCCGUGCACUCUGUUCUUCAGUAGAAGUUCCUCAAACUUGCAGAUCUCCAUCCAGGAUGUUUCACCUCACUUCGUUUGGAACAUCAAACCCUUCGCCACCUGCCAGGAGUUCUCUUUCACUCGGGUCUGGUGCAGUACUGCAUCUCCUUUGCAUUGUGCCUUCUCUCUGCAGUGCCACAACACAACGGCCAAUCAGCUUUCGUGUAAGAUCAGCGUGCGGCAGGUCAAAGGUCAUGAGCAGAUCCUGCAGAUCUGCACCACCGUGGCUGAGAGCCAAAGGGAAGUGGUGCCAUUUUUCUCUCAGUCAGAUUCUACCAUUUCCUCUCAGACGGGAGACAAAGCUUUUAAAAUCCCCCUCUCCAUACGGCAGAGGAUCUGUGCCACCUUCGACACGGCCAAUGCCAAAGGCAAAGACUGGCAGCUCCUAGCCCAGAAACUGCACAUAAACAGAAAUCUGGGUUAUUUUGCAUGCCAAUCCAGUCCCUCAGCGGCGAUUCUGUGCUUGUGGGAAGCUCAACAUCAGGAACUUGGAGAUCUGGACUCUCUGGCCAGUGCCUUGGAGGAAAUUGGACGUGUCCAGGUCAAACAGUCUGGCAGUGUAUGUAAUCAGGACCACCCCAUACAACAGGGGAUCAUAGGCAAUCUGGACGAAACCAAACACCCAGCCAAUUCUCUCAGCCGCACUUACUUAAAAAACUCCUCUAACAUCACUAGCAUGUUGGAAAAGUCUGAAAAAGUGGAUGAUAUUCUUAUCCUGGACCAGUCAAGAUACAAUACUGGCAAAACGUCGACUGCUGACCACACUAUUGAUCUGUACAGCAAUGACUUAGACUCAGAUCACACCUAGGGAAUGUAACAGAGAACAAGCAGCCAAUGGCAAAGUCUACUGAGGAGACUAGGAGCAGCUCCUCCCUUCGUUGGAUUGUGGGGAAAAAAACAGGUUUUUGAGAAAGUCAAGGUUAAAGCGAUGCAGUGGCACAGUGUUUGUGCAUGAGAGAGACACGUGGAGAUGUCAUAAAUAUGACAACCUUUCACAAUGGAUUUAUAGAUCUGGACGAUACAGCAGCUUGAGAAAAAAAAAAUCAACAAAUCAGAAUUGGGAUUGUUGAGGACCCAAAAAGGGGUGGGGAUAAUCAUUUUAAUCUCCUGCUCCCUUUCACACCAUCUUUGACGCCGCCUAGUGGCAUUAUAAAUAUUUACCUAUUCUGUGAGUCUCGGUUUUCAGUUUGAAACCAUCUUGUUUUGCUUUUUGCUCUUUUCUUUCAUUUGCAAAUGAGACAGUAACGCCAAGAUCUGUGCAGAUGAAAUGGAAGGAGAGGUGAACAGAUUAGACCAGAAGACAGAGCAUUAUAACACACUCUCACAUGCAUUCCUAUAUAACAAGCAGUAACUUUGACCUGCUAUGAUGUCUGAAGAUGGACCUCUUAAAACUAGAGUAUGGAGAUUAUUUAUGGAGUAUUAUGAAGAGACAGAGAAAUGGAACUAUUCUGUAUUUUUUAAGGAAUUAAAAACCAGAGGUUUUUAAAAGAAUUAAAAAGAAUCAAAUUUUCCUGUGACGUUGAAUAAGAGUUGUGAUAUAAGACUAAAAUCUAUAUCGUGCAGUUACACGCUUUAUGUCCCUUUAAGACUGGUAAAUGAUCAGACUUCCAGAUUGGCAGGUCAGCUAGGACCUGUAGUACGUUAUGACUCUGAUGUAAAGAUGUUUGUAUUUUUGUGCAAAGGGAAUAUGUUUUGGCUCAGUGUUAUGUCUGCAUAUAUCUUAAAUUUGAAAAAAUAAAUAAAAUAAAAUAAAAUAAAAUAAAAUAAAAUAAAAUAAAAUAAAAUAAAA